CUGGACUGUAAUGAUCCCAGGGCCAAAUUGCCUCCGUGUGGUGUGUGUUGUUGGGGGGAGACCUGGGGCAGCAGGAGCAGAACAGCCGGACAGGAAGGCCGGACGGGGUACGAGCACCUCAACAUCUCGCCCUGGGACACUGUUCAAACUCCGGGGGCCAUAGGCCAAGCUGAGUGAUGGGUGCUGAGGAGGAGGUGCUGGUCACACUAUCAGGGGGAGCCCCCUGGGGCUUCCGACUUCAGGGGGGGGCCGAGCAGAGGAAACCCUUACAGGUGUCCAAGAUUCGAAGACGGAGCCAGGCUGGCAGAGCAGGACUCCGAGAGAGGGACCAGCUCUUGGCAAUCAAUGGGAUCUCUUGCACCAACCUCUCCCAUGCCAGUGCCAUGAGCCUCAUCGACGCCUCAGGAAAUCAGCUUGUCCUCACUGUGCAACGGGUAGCAGACGAGGGGCCUGUGCAAUCUCCAUCUCCCCAUGAGCUUCAGGUGCUGUCACCCUUAUCUCCACUGAGUCCUGAGCCCCCUGGUGCUCCAGUUCCUCAGCCUCUGCAGCCUGGGAGCCUUCGUUCACCUCCUGAUAGUGAGGCUUACUAUGGAGAGACUGACAGUGAUGCUGAUGGCCCUGCCACCCAGGAGAAGCCCCGCCGACCUCGCCGCCGAGGCCCCACAAGGCCUACCCCUCCGGGUGCCCCACCUGAUGAGGUCUACCUGUCUGACAGCCCUGCAGAGCCGGCACCUACUAUCCCUGGCCCUCCUAGCCAGGGUGACAGCCGUGUGAGCUCCCCAUCUUGGGAGGAUAGGGCAGCCCUUCAGCCACCUCCAGCUGAGGCUCUGCUGUUACCCCAUGGCCCCCUCCGGCCUGGUCCUCAUCUCAUCCCUAUGGUGGGGCCUGUUCCCCACCCAGUGGCAGAAGAUCUUACUACCACCUACACCCAGAAGGCCAAGCAAGCCAAACUGCAACGUGCAGAGAGCCUUCAAGAGAAGAGCAUAAAGGAGGCCAAGAGCAAAUGCAGGACAAUUGCAUCGCUGCUCACUGCAGCCCCCAACCCCCACUCCAAAGGGGUGCUUAUGUUUAAGAAACGGCGGCAGAGAGCCAAGAAGUACACCCUGGUGAGCUUUGGAGCUGCUGCUGGGACAGGGGCUGGGGAGGAGGAGGACGGCAUUCCCCCCACGAGUGAAUCCGAGCUGGACGAAGAAGCCUUCUCCGACGCCCGCAGCCUCACCAAUCAAUCUGACUGGGACAGUCCCUAUCUGGACAUGGAGCUUGCCAGGGCAGGCUCAAGAGCAGCAGAGGGCCAGGGCUCUGGGCUGGGAGGGCAGCUGAGUGAGGUCUCUGGGCGAGGGGUGCAGCUCUUUGAACAGCAGCGCCAGCGUGCAGACUCCAGCACACAGGAACUGGCGAAGGCCGAACCAGGAGCCAUGCUCAACGGGGAGGGCUUGCAGUCACCACCUCGGGCCCAGAGUGCUCCCCCGGAGGCGGCUGUGCUCCCACUCAGUCCCUUGCCGGCCCCUGUAGCCAGCCCCAGACCCUUCCAACCAGGUGGGGCCCCGACCCCAGCUCCAAGCAUCUUUAACCGGUCAGCCAGGCCCUUUACCCCGGGUCUACAAGGCCAGCGGACAACUACCACCUCCGUUAUUUUCCGGCCCCUAGCCCCCAAGAGAGCUAACGACAGCCUGAGCGGCCUCAGUCCCGCCCCACCCCCCUUCUUGUCUUCUCCGCAGGGACCCACCCCUCUGCCCAGCUUCACUUCAGAGGUUGCCAGCCAUGUGCCAGCCUCUGGAUCCCCCAGCAUCCCACGCUCCUCCGGCCCUGUGACAGCCACCAGUUCCCUGUACAUCCCAGCCCCCAGUCGGCCUGUUACCCCAGGCGGAGCCCCAGAGCCCCCCGCUCCUCCUAGUGCAGCUGCCAUGACCUCCACCGCUUCUAUCUUCCUAUCUGCGCCUCUGAGACCCUUUGGGCAUCCAGAGGCAGCCGCCCCAGGCCCAGCGGCCCCUGAGCCCCCCAGCGCUCGGGAGCAGCGCAUCUCUGUGCCAGCUGCACGCACGGGUAUCCUGCAGGAGGCCCGGCGCCGAGGGACGCGGAGGCAGAUGUUCCGGCCUGGAAAGGAGGAGACGAAGAACUCGCCAAACCCCGAGCUGCUAUCGCUGGUGCAGAACCUGGAUGAAAAGCCCCGGGCCGGAGGUGCUGAAUCUGGUCCUGAGGAGGACGCACUGAGCCUCGGGGCUGAAGCCUGCAACUUCAUGCAGCCAGUAGGGACCAGGAGUUACAAGACCCUGCCUCACGUGACACCUAAGACCCCGCCUCCAAUGGCUUCCAAGACCCCGCCCCCUAUGACUCCUAAGACUCCACCCCCAGUGGCUCCUAAGCCCCAGUCUCGAGGGCUCCUUGAUGGGCUCGUGAAUGGGGCAGCCCCUUCGGCUGGAAUCCCUGAGCCACCAAGGAUGCAGGGCAGGGGUGGGGAGCUGUUUGCCAAGCGGCAGAGCCGUGCGGACAGGUAUGUGGUGGAAGGUACAACUGGUCCUGGUCUUGGCCAUCGGCCUAGAAGUCCUUCUCCUACCCCGUCUUUGCCCCCUUCUUGGAAAUAUUCACCCAAUAUCCGUGCCCCACCUCCUAUUGCUUACAACCCACUGCUCUCUCCUUUUUUCCCCCAGGCGGCCCGAACUCUCCCUAAGGCCCAAUCCCAGGGGCCUCGGGCAACACCCAAGCAGGGCAUUAAGGCUUUAGAUUUUAUGCGGCAUCAGCCCUAUCAACUUAAAACUGCCAUGUUCUGUUUUGAUGAGGUUCCCCCGACUCCUGGACUCACUGCCUCAGGGCCGCCCAAAACUGCCCGAGUCCAGGAGAUUCGCCGGUUUUCCACUCCGGCGCCCCAGCCCACUGCAGAGCCCCUUGCUCCCACUGUGCUUGCCCCGCGAGCAGCCACUACACUGGAUGAGCCCAUCUGGAGAACAGAGCUGGCCUCAACCCCUGUUCCUAGCCCAGCCCCUCCUCCAGAGUCUCCCAGGGGCCUUGGGGCUUCUCCCAGCUCCUGUGGUUUCCAGGUAGCCAGGCCCCGAUUCUCAGCCACCAGAACAGGAUUGCAGGCUCAUGUGUGGAAGCCUGGGGCAGGGCACCAGUGAGCAGGCACAGGUCCCAGGACCAAGGAGAGGUGGAACAUCCGGUUCCUAAAGUUGCUUCUCCUACCCUAUCCCACUCCCUGUCUCGCAUCUGGAAGCUAAAUUGCCUCUUGCAAGAUAUAGUUUCCGAGUUCAUGUCCCAUCCUUCACCUUCCUCCUCACUCCCUACCUCCCUGCAGCUUUCCAACCAUGGCUGCUUUGAUACCUUUACCUCUCUUUGUCUCUGCAUUUUCUUGCCUGGAUCUCUGCCUUUAUUUUCAGGUUUCUCCACCCAUAUUCCUCCACAGGUCUCUAUUCCUUGACAUUUGAGCUUUUCUCUGUGGGCCUCAUUUUAAUGUUUUUUUUUUUUUUUUUUU